CUGUGUAGUGUCGCUGCGCUAUCAAAUCCAUCGCUCCCGAUUUUUGUCAUGUUUUGAGAGUCACAGAGGAGCUUUUUUACCCGACAACUGGAAUACGAGGAGACGCCACCACACAUUGCCGCCACCAGUGGAGUCUACGUUUGAAGGGUGUUUGAAUUUUCUGCGGGAAUUGACCAAGUAGGAUCAACCAAAUGCCCCCCAGUCGGCGAGAAUAGCCCUCCGGUUCCCACAUCACCGCCACAUCCAUGUUGACUGCGGCAGCCCUCGCACUGGUCCGGGGCUACAAACACCACCAACCCUUUGUUCUUCCGUGCGCAAGAUCCAGCGACAUUGUAGCAGCUUGUGGAAGUGCCAUCGCAGAAAUACAAUGAUACAUCCCUGGUUCAGUUUGGAGGAUUGUUUACGCGUUAAAAUGGCUGCUGAAGUGGCAUUUGGAAGAAAGUGGUCUUGAAUCAAUGCAGUAACGUUACAUUACCCAGCAGAGGCCAAACUGCACAUAAGCUACAUUGGCUAAUAAAUAAUGUGUUGACUAGUCACAUUAUUAAACGAGUCAGCUCCUGAAAUAGCUUUUUAAAUUGUUUUUUUUCCCCAACAAGAGGUUAGGGGAAUUCCUCCCACUACAAAUCUAUGCAUGCGGUUAAAACAAGCAGCUUUGUCUUUAAAAAAAAAAAAAAAACCCACCUAGCCAAUUUAGCAUUUUCUUAGCCAUUUCGUGCAAAGCUUUUUUUGUAAACAGGCGUAGCUAAGCCCUAAUAUAAGUAUGCCGUGCGCUCGAAUAUGCAGGACUUCUUUGUUAUAAACAAAACUGCCUGAGUAGCCGAGGCUUUCUCUCUCUCUCUCUCUCUCGGUCUAAAAGCAGACCGAAAAAGGCCCCCGGUGUUUCACUCCGGCUUGGUCGACCCUGGAGCAAAGAAAAAAAUGGAUCCUGGGGGGAUAUGUAGGACGAAACUGUUUCUGUUCGGACCCAGACCGGCCGCACAAAGCAACAUGCGGGGUCUCAACACAUAUCUGGUGGUCUACGUUUUGUUUUGCUUCGUCCUGUUCACGCACGCCUCUCCGGCCAAACCGUGCGACAAGAAUUGCCUCUCUGGAAAAUGUGUCAACGGAUCCUGCGUCUGUGACCGAGGAUGGGUGGGAGACCAGUGCCAGCACUGCCAGGGGAGGUUCAAGUUGACGGAGCCCUCAGGAUACCUCACAGAUGGUCCAAUCAACUACAAGUACAAAACAAAGUGCACCUGGCUCAUCGAGGGCUAUCCAAAUGCGGUUCUUCGGCUAAGAUUUAACCACUUUGCCACAGAAUGCAGUUGGGACCAUAUGUACGUGUACGAUGGGGACUCGAUAUUUGCCCCUCUGGUUGCUGUUUUCAGCGGUCUCAUCGUGCUGGAAGUACGAGGAAAUGAGACGGUUCCUGAAGUUGAGACGACUUCAGGCUACGCACUACUACACUUUUUUAGCGAUGCUGCCUAUAACUUGACAGGAUUUGAAAUAUUUUACUCGGUCAACUCAUGUCCCAACAACUGCUCCGGCCACGGGAAGUGCACGCCUGGUAACUCGGCAGCCAGCAGAGUGUACUGUGAAUGCGACAAGUACUGGAAAGGGGAGGCCUGUGACAUCCCAUACUGCAGGAACAACUGCGGCAGCCCUGACCACGGGUACUGCGACCUCACCGGCGAGAAGUUGUGCGUCUGUAACGAGAGCUGGCAAGGCCCAGACUGCGCUCUAACCGUUCCCUCGACGGAGUCCUUCUGGGUCCUACCAAGCGUCAAACCCUUCGGGACAUCACUCGCCAGAGCUUCCCAUAAGGCCGUGGUGCAGGAGAAGGUCAUGUGGGUGGUGGGCGGAUACACCUUCAACUACAGCUCGUUCCAGAUGAUUCUCAACUACAACCUGGAGAGCGGCAUCUGGAACACAGUUCCCAUCAACAGCGGCCCUGUGCCAAGAUACGGCCACUCACUUGCUGCCUACCAGGAUGAUAUCUUUAUGUUUGGAGGGAAACUGGAGGCCGGCUGGGGGAACGUGACGGACGAGCUGUGGGCGUUCAACAUACUGAGUCGGACGUGGCAGCGGAGAAACCCCGCGGUCGGCCCUCAGGCUCAGAUUUACGCCGUGGAGGGUCACUCGGCUCACUGCGUCCUGCUGGAGGAGGGCGAGGCCGUUAUGCUGGUCAUCUUCGGCUACUCCUCCAUCUACAGCUACGUCAGCAACGUUCAGGAGUACAACCCGAAGUCCAACACGUGGUUAGUGCCUGAAACCAAAGGAGCUGUUCCUCAGGGAGGUUACGGUCACAGCAGCACAUACGAUGUCGCCAGUGGAAGCGUGUAUGUACACGGCGGCUACAAGGCGCUGCCCGCCAACAAAUUCGGCCUUGUGGACGACCUCUACCGAUAUGACGUUAAUGCCCGGACAUGGUUCAUUUUAAGAGAAAGCGGCUAUCCUCGGUACCUUCACUCGGCUGUGCUCCUCAGCGGUACCCUCCUCUUCUUCGGAGGCAACACACACAACGACACUUCCCUCAGCAAUGGGGCCAAGUGUUUCUCAGCGGACUUUCUCGCAUACGACAUCGCUUGUGAUGAGUGGACGCUGCUGUCUAAGCCAGACCUGCACCGGGACGUCAACCGCUUUGGUCACUCUGCUGUGGUCAGCAAUGGGUCCAUGUAUGUGUUCGGAGGCUUCUCUGGCAUGCUGCUCAACGAUGUGCUUGUUUACCGACCCCCCAGCUGCCAGGCCUUCUUGGCAGAGGAGGGUUGUGUGCAGGCCGGCCCAGGGGUCCGCUGCAUCUGGAGCAGUGGCCGCUGUCUCCCCUGGGAACCCAGCAUGGCCACUGAAAGCCUCGCGCCUGCCUCUUUCUGCCCCCCUAAAGCUGUCACAGUGGACGAGCGGUGCUAUCGGUUCUCAGACUGCGCCAGCUGUACAGCCAACACCAAUGGGUGCCAGUGGUGUGAUGACAAGAAGUGCAUCUCUGCUUCCAGCAACUGCACCUCUAACGUGAAGAACUUCACAGAGUGCCCUGUGAGGAACGAGCAGGAGUGCAGCAAGCUCGCAAACUGCAAGAGCUGCUCGCUAAAUCUCAACUGUCACUGGGACCAGAAUCAGUCAGAGUGUCACGCUUUACCUGCCCAGCAGUGCAGCGAGGGAUGGAGCCAGGUGGGGGAGGCCUGCCUGAGGAUCAACUCCAGCCGGGAGAGUUACGACAAUGCCCAACACUACUGCAAGAACCUCAACGGGAACAUCGCCUCGCUCACCACCUCCAAACAAGUGGACUUUGUGCUUGAGGAGCUUAAGAAGCUGCAGCAACAUGACAAGCGGCUGUCUCCCUGGGUGGGUCUGAGGAAAAUCAAUGUGUCAUACUGGGGUUGGGAGGACAUGUCGCCCUUCACUAACAGCAGCCUGCGCUGGCUGCCUGGUGAGCCUAGUGACUCUGGUUUCUGUGCGUACCUUGAGGAGCCUCAGGUGUCCGGCCUUAGGGCCAAUCCAUGCACCGCCACAGCCCACGGCCUCAUCUGUGAGAAAGCAACUGGAAACCCUAAUCAGAGCAGCCGUCCCUCCUGUAAGAAGCCGUGCUCGCUGCACACAAACUGUGCCAACUGCACCAUCCAGGCCACAGAGUGCAUGUGGUGCGGCAGUGCUCAGCGCUGCGUCGACUCCACCGCUUACGUCAUAUCUUUUCCUUACGGCCAGUGCUUGGAGUGGCAGAACGGAGAGUGUUUAG